AUGUUAGGGCAUCAAUUUGCUUGGGCCAACAACACGGGGAAUGAGGGCUUUAUUGAUGACAAGAUAUACAAAAUCUUAGCCUCAUUCAAGUGGUUAGUUGAAAACCAAAAUGUUGUGAUUCAAAACUUAUUCAGAAGUGCACUAACCAUAGAUUACCAUUACUUACUUCUAAUCCUGGUCAGGGUGGGAAAAUUGAUGACUAGAACCACAAUGUUCCAAGUAAUGGAGAAAGUCAAAGAAACGAGAGUAGCACUCAUUAAAUGGAGCAGUCAUUUCAGAGCUGAGCAAGAUAAGGAGAAGAACAGAAUCACCAUGGAAUUGAAAGACCUAAGCACUAAAGGAAACUCUAGGAAUUGGCUGAAUGGGGAUAGGGAGGAGAGAUGGGAAGCUGAUGUUGAUAUUGAAAGAGGUGUUAGCUCUUUUUAUGGUACUUUGUUCACUUAUGAGUGGAUUAGUGAGGGAGAAGACCUACUACAACUCAUUCCUAAUUCAAUCACUCCUGAACCAAACCUUGAAAUAGUGGUACUAGUUGAAGAAAAUGAAAUAAAGGAAGCAUUGUUUAGCAUCGAUCAGAACAAGGCUCCUAGACAAGAGAAGUGUAUUGAUCUUUGUGUUGGUGAUAGUCAAGCUGCCUUCAUUCUUGGAAGGCAACUCCUUGAUAAUGUUACCAUAGCUCAAUAG